AUUAAUUGUGAAAAAGGGAAAAGCAAAAACAAAGAAGAAAGUCGCUUGCUUGCUUGCACGGCUCUGUUUUCACAUGCUAGAGUUGGAGAAAACAGAAGCAAUGAUUCUACAUUUACUUUCCCUCCCAUUUUCCCUAGAAAGUUUUCUUAAACCCAAAUUACAGAGAAAAAUUCAAUGGAAUUAGCAGCUCAGCGACGCCUAAAAGCUAUUCAAGACCAUUUAAUCUCCUCCAGCACCAACGAUCACUCACCUCUCCUAGCUAACCUCACUGCUUCGCAUUAUUUCUUCAGUCAAGGGUACAGCGUUGUUCUACCAGAGGAAUUGCAAACAGGGAAGUGGAACGUCUACAGGUCUGUGCGAUCUCCACUGAAGCUUAUAACCAGAUUCCCUGAUCAUCCUGAGAUCGCAACAUUGCAUGAUAACUUUGUGCAUGCUGUUGAAACUUUUCAAGAUUACAAGUACUUGGGCACACGAAUUAGACAGGAUGGAACAGUUGGAGGGUACACAUGGAUGACAUUUGGAGAAGUAGGUACCGCCAGAGAGGCGAUAGGGUCUGGGCUUUAUUAUCAUGGGAUACAAAAGGGAGCUUGCAUUGGAAUCUAUUUUAUAAAUAGACCAGAGUGGCUGGUUGUGGAUCAUGCUUGUGCAGCAUAUUCAUACAUCUCAGUCCCCUUAUAUGAUACUCUUGGUCCUGAUGCAGUUGAGUACAUUGUGAAUCAUGCUGGUGUGCAGGCAGUCUUUUGUGUCCCACAGACUCUGAACACUUUGUUAAGCUUCCUGUCUAAGAUUCCAUCUGUGCGACUUAUAGUGGUGGUGGGAGGUGAUGAUGGGCACUUAUCAGCUCUUCCUUCAAUGUCUGGAGUCAAGCUCAUAUCAUAUCUAAAGCUGCUUAAGGAGGGCCACAAUAACCGGCAACCUUUUUUUCCUCCUAAACCAGAGGAUGUUGCAACCAUAUGUUACACCAGUGGUACUACUGGGACACCAAAGGGAGUUGUGCUGACUCAUGGAAAUUUGAUUGCAAGUGUAGCUGGUUUAAGUCUGGCAUUGAAAUUCUACCCCUCAGAUAUUUACAUAUCCUAUCUUCCUUUGGCACAUAUCUAUGAACGAACCAACCAAGUUGUAUUAGCAUACUAUGGUGUUGCUACUGGCUUCUAUCAAGGAGACAAUCUGAAAUUGGUGGAUGAUUUGGCUUCUCUGAGGCCAACAAUAUUUUGUAGUGUUCCUCGGUUGUAUAACCGCAUAUAUGAUGGAAUUAUGAACGCUGUGAAGGCUUCCGGGGUUUUGAAGGAGAGGCUAUUUAGAGCUGCCUACAACUCCAAGAUGCACGCCCUAAUGAGUGGCCACAAUCCAUCACCAAUGUGGGACAUAUUGGUUUUUAAUAAAAUAAAGGCAAAGCUAGGGGGACGAGUUCGUUUCUUGGGAUCAGGUGCUUCACCUUUGUCGCCUGAGAUAAUGGACUUUUUAAGAGUGUGUUUUGGCUGUCCAGUACAUGAGGGAUAUGGAAUGACCGAGACUUCUAGUGUGAUAAGCAUCAUGGAUGAGGGUGACAAAUUAUCUGGUCAUGUCGGGUCUCCUAAUUCUGCAUGUGAAAUAAAGCUAGUAGAUGUUCCUGAAAUGAACUACACCUCAGAGGAUCAGCCAUAUCCACGUGGAGAAAUCUGUGUUAGGGGCCCCACCAUCUUCCGUGGGUACUACAAAGAUGUUGUUCAAACGAGAGAAGCAUUGGAUGAUGAUGGUUGGCUGCAUACUGGAGAUAUUGGUUUGUGGUUGCCUGGAGGACGUCUCAAGAUUAUUGAUCGGAAAAAGAACAUUUUCAAGUUGGCACAAGGUGAAUAUAUAGCACCUGAGAAGAUUGAGAAUGUAUACACCAGAUGCAGAUUUGUUUCCCAGUGUUUCAUAUAUGGUGACAGCUUCAACUCCUGUUUAGUAGCUGUAGCUGCAGUGGACCCAGAUGUGUUGAGAGAUUGGGCUGCAUCUGAGAGGAUCAAGUAUGAUGAUUUAGGACAAGUGUGCAAUGAUCCAAGAGCGAGGGCUGCGGUUCUCGCUGAAAUGGAUGAGGUUGGAAAGGAAGCGCAGCUGAGAGGUUUUGAAUUUGCAAAAGCUGUAACCUUGGUGCCUGAACCAUUCACUCUGGAGAAUGGCCUGCUUACUCCAACAUUCAAGAUUAAGAGGCCCCAAGCUAAGGAAUACUUUGCCAAAGCCAUAUCAGAUAUGUAUGCUGAGCUUUCCUCUUCAGAUCCCCGACCGUUGAUGUGAUGAGUCAGUUACGUUUGUAGAAAUGAGUGCAUCAUCCGAUUGAUCGUUAGGUUGUGGCUCACAGGUGCUGCUGCUUCUUUUAUAAAUGCUUGUUGGGGAGCAAAAUCUGUUUAUGGUUGGAUUACAUUAAUAUGCACAUACUGAGAACACACACGUCAUGUUCAAUACAUAUCUUUUCCAGUUCUGGUGCUUUUAU